UUUAAUAAGUGUUUUUUUUAUGUAAAUCUCUUUAUCUAACCUUGUCCAUCUUUGAAGGACAAACAUGCCAUUGUCACUGAAGGUCUGUUUAGCUUGAUGCUACUUAGUCCAUCUCAUCUCUUUGAGAUAAAGACUGAAGACAUUGGUAAUAGAGCCCUGUAAUGCUUUCAGUAAUUACCCCAUCCUUUUUCUCUAAAGUUGAAUAAAAGUCACCCUGAUGACUCUGUACCCCUUAAAUUCCAUUACACAACAAUGGAGAAGGUGGGAUGCUUUAGAUAACUGCUAAGAGUGGACUAAUGCACCUGUUCCUCCAUCUGACUGAAAGCCAUUAUGUAAGGUAGCGUGAGUGUGUAAGGUAUCCUACUGCACCCGCACUGAUGCCCAUCACUCCUUAGAUCUGUCAGUAGACGCCAGACCUUAAAGGUUAAAAAUCAGCAAUGAUUUCUUCGAAUGAUGCUCACUGCCCGGCUUAGAUUUAAGCUGUUGUGUUUAAUCAGAACUAUUGUGUAUUGUGUAGGACAUAUAAAAGGUUGUACAGAAGAAAAGAUAUGUUAAAUGAAGAGAAAGUGGUAUUCCCUUGAGAGGCUGUUAAUUUAAAAGUCAAUGUCUGGCAAGGACAGAAAGCUUUUGUGUUGUGGUUCACAAUGCUAUCACCAAACGCUCUCACCAGACUGGCAGACAGCAGAAUAAAGGGAGAUUAAUGCCUGCCUGUAGGAAUAUAAAACGGUCCCUGUGGCAGCACAGGUGAUCUCCACCUGCACCCUGUGCUCUGACAGCACUGAUUAAGACUGCUUGAGAUCUUCACAAUGUGGUAGAACCCCAGCACGACUUUCCUCUAUGACCCAGCACUGUGUAUGAAAUGGCUUUUGUCGCUGCACUUCUUUUUCUUCUCCCUGCCUCAUGGGCUUGUGUUCCACAAAAAGCUGAUUAUGUCAUGAUUUCCUGUUUCCCAAAUGCCAUCAUUGCAAAUGUGCCCGAGUGCCCUUACGGGUGGGAAAUAGGACAGCUGUCUUUGGGUGGUGUGUGCUACACAGGCGUCAAUACUCCUGGCUUCUACCGCUUUACUAUUCCUGAUCUCACACCUAAGAAUCUCUCGUACUGUGCCACCAUGUCUGAGUAUGUUGGAGGCAAAGAUCCAAAGUACAUUUUCUACAACUCUAUAGUCUCCAAUGACUCGUCACUCACUGUGCGGAACCAGCCGGUGAACUACACAUUUAGCUGCACAUACAGGGCAGCUUACUUGGUCAAUAAUGCAGUCUUCAGUCAAAGAGUGGCAACGGUUUAUGUCAACAAUGGGAGUUUAGGUUCUUUUAAGUCUCAAUUGUCUAUGAACGUGUUCACAAACUCUAAGUUUCUGUAUGCUAAAGAUGCUCCAUAUGUGAUUGACACAUCAGAAAUUGGCUCGGAGGUCUUUAUCGGCAUCGAAGCGAAAGGACUGAGUAACAGAUUUAAGGUGGUUAUAACAAAUUGCUGGGCAACACCUACUCCUUAUUCAACAGACAAGAAGAGAUGGAGCUUAAUUCUCAAUAGCUGUUCAUCAGAUAACACGGUGACCAUAUUUGAGAACGCCAAAGACAGCCGCUCAAUGUUCAAGUUUAAUUCAUUCCGGUUUCAGCGACUAGAGAAAGUGUCCACUGUCUGGCUUCACUGCGAGGUUCAAGUGUGUGAUGGCGAAAAGCUCUACUGUCAGCCGACUCCAUGUACAUCAAAGAGUGCCAAAUCUGAACCAGAUCCACAUGGAGGUGUCUUGACAAUGGAGUUUCAAAUUAAAGCACAACAUUCUUCCAGUUAUACACAUCUUGCAGGAACAUUUCUGAGCAUGUUUUGUGUGUUUCUGCUUAAUGCAGUUUUACGUUAUACCAGUUUGUAAAAGAUGCUUAGUGUGGGUAGGUAUAAAAUGUGCCGACUGUUCAAAACACACUUACUCUCAUGCACACACACACACACACACACACACACACACACACACAGAACAGCCAUACAAGUGUCUCAGGGAGUGUAAGACACUUUCCUCCUAAACGCUUGCUUGCAUCUUGAAUUUUUUUCUUUUAUAUCAUGUGAAACAUUACAAUAAAAUCAAUAAGAGAUGUGAUAUCUUACUAAAACAAAGAAAAUACAUUCUGUUUUGGUUUGAUUAGAAAUAACCUGUAAAGACAUUUGUUUCUCAAGUAAAAUUAACAGUUUACUUUUCAUUUGUCACAAAGUAGUACUGGUUAUAAUCCAAAUACACAUUUAGAUAAGAAUAAAAGAUAAAAGAUAAAAAUAGAGGUAGUUCUCAAGACUGGUCUCUAGAUGUCAGGAACAGUCAGUGUGUAAGCACCAGGUAUUUUAUCUUCAUGGAUUUUCUGUGUUCUUCCUUUUUCUUUACUCUCCACAUCACUGCUGAUGUUUGGUUUAUAUGUCACCUGCAAUAAAUGUAUUAAAUACAAACAGUAAAUAU